UAUGAAAUGUUUUUAUUGUUAAAAAUCAGCUUUUUUGUCCAUAUGCAUGGUUCUAACAAAGGGUUAACUAUCUGCUCGGUGAAGUAUAUUUAUGACACUUUGCAUUUGAAACUUGACUGAACAUGUUGAGGUAUCUCUUUCAGCAGUUACCAACUUCCGUUUUUUUUUCUGGGGAUGUCAGUCACAAUCACUCAAGUUUUCACUUUGUCUUUGUUACAUUCUCUUGCUGCAGUUAUUUGUUCAGCUACCAUAGGGAAUGUGUGUAUGGGGAAGAGAAUAUCUUUUUUAACAGAUAAGAUCAUUGAACAUUUUUUCUGAAAGGAUUUUGGCGAGGCGUUGAACAAACGAAACAAAAAAUGAUGACAUGCAUGGCUGGAUCCAGAAACUCUUGAAAUCAAGAGCAUCUGUAUCAGCGCGAUGUGAACAAGAAGCAAAAAAGUCAGUGUCUUCUGUUGGCAGCGUAACAACUUCACCUUCAUCUACAUCGUCAUGCUCUUCGUCAUCUUCAUCAUCACUUGGGACAUCCCCUUCAAAACCACAACAGCCACAGUCUGCUCUGAUGUCGCUGCUCAGAUGGAGCCGAAAGUAUGACGUGCUUGUGUGCCACAGCUCCGUGGACAGUGACAUUGAAGAGGCUGUACGCCUGGUCUCUUUCCUGGAGGCGUCGCCUUGUAGUCUAAGGUGCUUUCUAUGGCAGAGGGACACCUGUCCAGGAGGUGCAAUGUCCACAGAGUUAUGUCAGGCUGUGCAAAACAGCCACUUAAGGGCUCUCCUUAUCACUCCUCACUUCCUGCAGGAUGAUUGGUGCAAGUAUAUGAUGCACCAGGCUCUGGCAGAGGGACCUAUGUCCAAUCGUAUUAUUCCCCUGGUUCAAAACCUGUCCCACUCUCAGUAUCCUCAGGAACUGAGGUUCUACUUCUACAUUGACCUGAGCAGAAACCCUGACCGAGGUUAUGCUCUCGUCAACAAGACUGUUCUCAAGUACCUGAAAGACCUGGUUAAAAAUGAGAAGACAUUUGAUUGCAGCAUGGACACCAAUGGACUAGCUGGAGAAGGCAGCCCAAGAAAAGACAAGCUGAUGUCAAAGUAUUUCCCCGCUGAGACUUCAAUACCAUUGGAAGAGAUAGAGAAGAGAGAUGACAGCUUCAAAGACGGAGAUGAAGGGCAAGUGGCUCUGAAUUGAAAAGUGCUUCUAUUGAACCAACUCUCUCAACUUAAGUGGCCCUUUUAUCACAUCAUGUUGGGAUUUAAAGCAAAGUGAUGCUAGGGCUUUUCCUCUUUUUAUGUGCAUAACCCAAACUGGGUCUAAGCAUGUGUGAUGAACAGGAAACAGUUUAUUUCAAGCAGCAGUGUGACAUUUCCUGUAUAAGAUCUAGAGAAGUAGCCUACAGUGUGUUCUGGGCUAUGUUAAACAAUGAGGACAUAUCAUAAAAAUGUGUGGUUAUAGUCUGAGCUUGUUACACAUUAUUCUGUUCAAUUGCAGCCCAUAGUUAAUGUUUACAAGAGAGGGCACUAAAACGCCAUAAAUGCAUGUGAUCCUCCUUUGAACAGAGUAAAAACUGAAGGAUUACUUUAAUGUGGGUGAUACUGUGGAUGAAAUGAUGACAAUAGUGUGAUACAUAUAGUGUUUACCACUAGGUGAUGCAUUUUCCUCUUCUAUGCAAUCAAGAGAGCUUGUGAGGAGAUGCCAGUCACAGAUGUGUGAUCUCUCCAUAGUAUAACGUUCAAGAUUUAACAUCGACAACAAUGAUAACAGUCAGUGUCUUGCACAUGUAUGUGUGUGAAAUAGAGAGCGAGAAUAAAAGGGACCCACCCAUGACAAACAGUGGCACGACCUUUUCGCUGAACUAGGACUUUAAGUAAUAACAGAGGAAGUGUGAUUCCUCCACUCAAACAAUAACUUUCAUUUCUCUGUUAGGUAUGAUUAGCCCUAAAUGCCCAUGGCAGCACCUUCCAUUGUUAUUCAAAUAUGUGGGCAGCGCUUCAUUUCAGAUUGUUGGCAUUUGAAUGUGUAUCAGUUAUAAUGUGGAAUGUCAAGUGUUUAUUGAGUCAGUUGGAGCAUGACAUUUGUGAUCCUGAUCAUUUUUUUGAUGCAGGCAAGGGCUGGUUUUUUUAUUAUUAUUUUUUUUACAUGAGACACCAUCUGUCUACAUGUUCUCUUUUUCUGCUUUUUAUUAAUCUGUAUCAUCCUCCCAUUUCCCUAUCCCUAAACACCAACAGACAUUUAGCGCCACAAUAAAAGACCUUUGAUAAUCGCCUCCUUAAGCCAACAUUAUAACAUAUUUAGACUAAUCUCUGAAAGACACAGAUGUUCUAAGAGGCUUUUUCUGUUGCCAUAACAAAUCCUCUUCCAGAUGACACGACAAAACAGGAAACUAAAAUGGAAUAAAAAAAUCACAAUCCAAAUCUCCUUUUUGUCACUGGAUACUUCCAAAUUUCUCUUCAUCUUGGCUGGCAACUUUUACACACCAUCAAUGCACUGUCGGUGUGCUAAAGCCUUGACCUAGCAAGAGUGUGUACUCUACAGCUAUAUAGUUUGACUUACAAGAGAUGGAGACUGAAAAUGUACAUGAUGGCAACAGCACGAAUGGGUUGACAUUUGGACUCCUUUUAAAUACAAUGCUAUGGAAAGAAAAAGUGUUGGGAGAGAAGCCUCAUGGCAAAAAAAAAAAAAUAGCUGGGAAGAAUACUACAAAAAUUAAGAGACACCUCAAUGUUUGGCUCAUAACGCCCCACAAAAUGGUGAAUUGUCAUUAUUUAGACUUUAGUUUUUGUACAGAUUAAACAAAUGCCAUAUGACAUGUUAACUAGUGAGCUUCAGGGGUGCUGGUACAAUAACAAGCUGGCUGGUAGGAUGAUUUUGUUACCAUUGGAAAGAGCCAGCUAGGCUGUUUCCCUCUGUUCCAGUCUGUAUGCUAAGCUAAGCUAAGCUACCUGGCUGCUGGCUGUAGCUUCACAUUUCUCAUAUCUACGGAACUCUCGGCAAGAAAACAACUGAGCAUUUUUCCCAAAAUGUCAAGCUAUUCCUUAAGGCAUCUCCAAAAAACAUUGGUGUAACGUUAACAACGAUGUGACAUUGCUUGCAUAUGGAGGUUUAGCCAAACUUAACUUAGCCCCUAACACUCGUAGCGCCCAUUACGGACACGGCGUUUUAACCCAAACCUAAUCCAAAGUCAGUAUUCGAGCAAGCUAAAUUUACUAGCCUGUUGUUUAAGAUAACUUUGUUUAAUUUGGAGUGCUAAACAUGCUAUCCAUGCUAACUAAAGCAUAAUAUAAAUACAACACAUAUUUGAUAGAUAUUCAGGUACUGAUGAUUUUUAAUGGCUCUGGUUUAUUUGCAAUGUCUGCUUGCUAUUAGAAUGUACAGCAUUAUACAGCCUACCACUUUGUCUUCUGGGUAGUAGUCAGCUCUUUUCGCUUGUGUUGCAUGCAAAGAUGUUGUAAAUAUUUAUUUCCAAAUCAAUGUUAAUGGUAGCCUAAAAUCUAUUUGGAUAAAAUUUUACCCACUGUUAAGGGUAGAUGUCGAUGAGUAGUCGUGAGCAGGUGUAAACACUCAGGAUGAGUCGGAGAUGAAGUUGACAAGAUGGGAUUUUUAUUGUUUACCCCAAUUAAGGCCAAUGAGGCAUAAACGUGAUAUAAAAAUUAACAAAAAUUAAGGAAAGCAGAAAAAUAUAUACUUUCAAGAAAAUAAAAGUAAUUUGACUUGUGAGUCAACACAAUCACAUAAUAUAAACAUACAACUGUUUCCUAAUUGACCUGAGGGCAUCCAACAGACUUACGUCCUCCUCCUUCAGGCUUUCCUCAAGCUCUCUCUGUCACGAGAAUCUUCUUCUUCUUCUUUUUUUUGGCAGAUUACUACUUUUGUAUUAUACUGCCACCAACUGUACAGGAGUGUGUAAUACCAAGAACGUCAUAGAGACUAGGCUUGAGUUAAUUCAAAACAAACAAACAAACAAAAAAAAAACUUAUAUUCUUUUCAUUAUACCAGUAUAAUUCAGAAAAAUAAAUAAAGCUUCAAGUCUC